CUGCGACUCGUCGCGAGAUGGGGGUGGGGUGGGGAGAGGUUUGGGGGCUGCUGGGACUGGCGGCGGUUGGAGUCUAUGUCCUGUGGGGUCCUUCAACUCGUACAUCACGAAAAAAAGGUCUUGUACCGGGCCUGCGAAACAUUGGGAACGCGUGUUACCUGAACGCACUGCUGCAAGCCCUCGCCACGUGCGCGCCUCUGCACGCCUGGUUACAGGGCACCGACUCAAACCCUGGCUCGGAGCCGGAGCACGGCACGAACGAGCGAAUGCACAAUGAGUGUCACGCUCACAGCAGUGACGCGCGCACGCCGGGCCCGUGUCACAAGCAGGAAGAGGUUACUCACGGCGGUGACACGGACGCGCAUAGCAUUGACGCGGGUUUCAGUGGGAUUAAGGCUGACGCACGCAGUAAUAACACAGAAGCAUACGGCAUUAACACGGACACACCCGGUAGUAACACAGACACACACAGCAUUGAUACUGACACACAGCAAAUGAACACUGACACGCUUGACACUAACACAGAGGCGCACGGCAUUAACACAGAGACGCACGGCAUUAACACAGAGGCGCACGGCAUUAACACAGAGACGCACGGCAAUAACAUAGUGCCACACGGCAUUAUCACAGACACACAGCAAAUUGACACUGAGACACCCAGCAUUAAUACAGAGACGCACGGCAUUAACGCGAACGCAUAUAGCACGAAUACAGACAGUCACAGCGAUAGCACGCAAAAGACAGACGCACAGAGCAUUAACACAGACACCGAUGACUUGCAUACGGACAGGUACAGCAAUAAUAAGCACAACACAGACACCGGCAGCAUGAACAAUGACACGCACGACGUGCACACAUACAGCACUGACAAGGACACGGGCAGCACUGUCACCCACAACGUUAACGUACACGAGACAAAUGGCAAUGGCACUAACCCAGACAGCAUGAACACAGACGUACGUGACGGGAACACAGACGGCAUUGAUGCAGGCAUACAGAGCAUUGAAACACAAAGCAGCGGCAAGAACACAGACAACGACGGUGCACACAGCGCUGACUUGGACGCACGCACGAUGAAUGUGAACGGUAACAGCAAAGACUCGGACAGACAUCGACUCAACACGGACACACGUAACAAUAAUGCAGACACGGAAACCAACAGCACAGACACGUAUUGCGUCGACACACGUAACACGGACACGGGCAAGGGCGGCAUUGACACAGAAGCACACGGCAAUAAUAUUGCCACGCGCGUCAUUGGCACAGACGCACACAGUGCUGACACGGACGCGCACAACAGUCAAACGGAAAGGUACCACGCUAACGCGCACAUGCACAGCAGUGAUGAAGGCAGGCACGACACUAGCACAGGGACACACCGCACGAACACGCAUGCACACAGCAGUGAUACGUAUAUAUGUGACGUGAACACAGACACAAGUAGUGCUGGCGCAGACGCACGUACUAACGUGGACAUAGAGGACAAAAACAUAGCCACGCGGAGCAGGAACACAGAUGCACGCCACACGAGCACAGACAUUCACUGCAAUGACACAGACAGACGCCACACUAGCACAGGCACGCACGCCAUUGACGCGCCAGCCUCGAGCUCCUUUGAGAGCGUUGCGUCUGAAGUCGGCGAGGACCCAGGCCUGGGUUGCGGCCGCUUCAUCGUCCGCCGAAGCAGCGACUCGAGCGCUCGUGAGGGCAGGGCCCCGAGCGGUCACCUUCACUCCGCUCUGCUGGGAAUGCUGAGAGUGCUCAUGGGAGAAGGGGAUGCGGCGGAUGCCCCAGUGCAUGCUGGGCCAGUGUUGGAGGCUCUGCGAUCACAUGGUUGGGAGAUCCCGGCACAUCAGGAGCAGGACGCCCACGAGCUGUUCGCUGUUGUGAUGACGACGCUGGAGGAAGAGAGGCAGGGAAGGUCAUCGCUUGCAUUUUUCGGACUGCAGCUGCAGAGGCUGCCAAUGCUGGAGUCAGCUGGAGUGGUCAACAGAGUGACUGGAGGCCUCCACGUUCCUCUGGCCAAGACCAGGGUGUCCCCUUUCCUCGGCCGAUUUGCGAUCACCCUGCAGUGCACGCGGUGCAAACACAAGGGUCCCGUGAGGCUUGAGAGCUUUGAAAGCAUCUCGCUCCCAAUCCCUCCCAACAAGCACGCCCCCUCGGUCCCUCUGGAACUGUGCUUGGAGAGCUUCUUCCGCUCGGAGCUCCUCACGGGAGUGAAAUGUGAUGCGUGCAGUCAGACACAUCCUGCAGGUGCCUCAAUCCAGGCCGACUUCCUAAAAAGGACUCUCCUGGCAAAGCUGCCGCAGUGCGUGUGCAUUCACCUGCACCGGCUGGCGUUCUCCCGCGACGCCCACGCCUACAAGGAGCAUGGCCACGUCUCGUUCCGAUCCUCGCUCGACCUGGCUCGAUACACGCUGCGCAGCGAGCUGUCGAAAGGACGGGUCGGCCAUUGUGGCAGCUGGUUCACCCUCACUGCCGUUGUGGUGCAUUAUGGGAACUCGACGAGUGGGCACUUUGUGACGUACCGCAGCAUACCGAGUGGAGGACGGGCAGUCCGCGGUCGCUGGGUUUGCUGCUCCGAUGAUGAGGUUCGCUCUGUGAGUCUCUCUGAGGUUCUCAACUCCCGGGCCUACCUACUUUUCUAUACACGCACGUGAUGUCAUCACCACCACCAACACCAUCAUCAUCGUCGUCGCCAUCGGCACUUUCACGACCGCCAGCUGCAUUAACUUCACUACCGUCACUGUCACCAUGAUCAUCACUAUCACCACAUUUGCCAUUAUUAUUGCUAUCGCCACCACUGUCAUUAUCACCUCCAUCAUUACCAGUAUCGUCCACACCACCACAAUCAUGACCCCCGACAUCAUCACUUGCACCACCAUUGCCAUCAUUACCACCACCUCGUAACGCCAUCAUAACUGCAACCACAAUCAUCACAAUCAUCAUCGCCAUCAGCUCUGCCAUCACUACCAUCAUCACCACAACCAUUGUAGUAUCCAUCUCACCCAUAGCCAUUGUGCUUGAAAUCCAGUCUGUACAUUUUUUUAAUUCUAUUUGAAAUAAUAAAACUUGAUGUAUAUGUAUCGUCA